UAUCUCAAUAGAUAAGCUGAACGGGAAACACCGCCGACAUAAAGGAUUAGUUUGACUGGUUGUUUGGGCCAUGUAUGGAUCCCCAAGGGAAAUCAUCGCAUUGUUAUUCAAAAAAAGGAAUUAAGUUUGCCAUUCAAACAUUGAUAAAAAAACUCUUUUCGGCGAAAAACAAUUUGAGUAAUUGUAUUGCGAAUGUUUAGAGAUCUGUCAGAAAUGUAUAAUAAAAGAUAGACUGAUAAACAGUAUCGUAUAAACCGUAUAUCUGCUUAAAAAAAUAGCACUCAAACAAUUUUUUUUGUAAAAUGUUUUUGCAUGUAUUUUACUUAAACUUUACUUAGUCAUGCUUUCUCAUAAAACUGGUUUGGAUUGAUGUUUUAGCAGCUGAUCUUGUCCACCGAUCGAUACUUUCCAGUUAUGGCUUCUUAUCAAUACAAGCCAUCAGCUUCUAUUUGCAGUCUGUUGAUGUUUUUGUGAUUGAAAUGCAUAUCGCACUAUAUUUACCCGUUUUCAACCAAUCGGGAUCGAUUAUCUUUAUUGAGCGACCAUAAUCACAACACCCGUUGCCUAGCAGUUAAACUCGUCGCAUAUUCGUCCAUCUGUCUCUGCUCGUCUUGUCCGUGUGUUUCAAAGCGAAUAGCUUCACGUGAAGAAUGCAAUUUUCACUGUUUUAGCUAGUGUCAAAACAGUGUCAACAAAGUGUAAGGUUUUCUAGUUGUUCAAGUGAUUUUGACUCGAACAACGAAGCUAAUGAAGUGUGCGGGCGGCCAUUACUUUCGAUUCAAAACCUCAUUACAAGAAGGAAAUCCUUGGGAAAUAUUGAAGGAAAGCAACACUAUAACAUUCUUAAACUAGUUAAAGUGAAGUAAUUAUGGCAAGAAAUCCUGCUUUGGCUGAGCUCGAUAGCAAGGCGAAUGUCGGUCAAGCGAAACGUGAUUUGGUUCUUCGGUUUGUGCGAGAUCAAGAAUCUUUACAAACAUCACAAGUUGACUUAAAACUGGUCGAUGAUAGUACCAUCGAUUUGAUCGACUCGACAAUUAAUGAUGAGGACGCGAAUAACGAUGUGGUUUCUGGAAUUCGUCUAGACGAUGGUCAGCCUUUAGCACCAAGACCACCAUCAGGCCGACCUCGUUCAAGACGAAUCCAAACAUCAAGUCGUGAUGUGAGUAGAAGUAUUCAUAAGUUAAGUUUGUCCAGGGUUCAAAGUACUGGUGGUAAAUUAACGUCUAGUGAUAAUGCAGAGAAAAUAUGUCGUUCUUUGACUACCAAUACGAGUAUUAUGGACAAAUUUACUCGACCAAUGUCUCCACCACCUGCAGAAACUACAUCACUAAACUCUUCAUGGCCAGAACAAGACUUUUUGUCCAGGAAAAUGAGCAGUAGAAAAUAUUUGUUGUGCUCUCCAGAUAAAAGACUAGAUGAUACUGAGCAUAGACCUUUUUCAAGUAUCAGUGACAGACAGAUAUCGAAUAAUGAAGGACUCAAUUCAAGGUCUUCAAGUCCUACUAAAAGACACAGUUCAAGAAACCGUGGAAGAACUUUUAAGAACUUGAACAUAGAACCAGUACAUCCCAGUGAAAUACCAUUGCUACGUGGACGAUCUGCUUCGAGUAGUGUUAGUGGUCCUUAUGCAUUAGUUCACCUGCCCCCGAUACAGAAUACAGCACCUUCUAUGUGAAUAUCUAGAGAGUAAAUGUUGUAAAUGAUGAGGAUGUUGAGAAUCUGUAAAUAGGUUUAAAUACUUACUCUUAAAUAGUUGACUUGAUUCGUCAAACUUGUUGACCGCCGACAUUUGUUAAAUGGUCAACUUUAACCUACUAUAAAGCACCAUUCACAACUAUGCUAGAACCAUAGGUUAUUAGAGGGAGAUUGUCUACCUCUACCAGCCAUGCUAGAACUCAAAGGUUUAACGAUCUAAAGUCAUAGAAAUAAUUUACUUUUGCUUACAAUUAUGGCAUGUAUAUCCUGUACAAUACCAACUUAUAUUGUGGUUUACUGUCAGAUUUGCUGGUUAUUUGAAGACCACGUCCAAAUUGUUAUAGUUUACAUGAUCGUAAUUGUAAGCAAAAGGAGCGACAUGCUUCUGUGUAAUUUGUCGUUCAUAAAGAUCGACAAGUCUAUGAUWAUCGUUAAUGUUACUGUUGUAAAGUAACUAUACUCUGUAAAUAGCAAUAAUUGACGUACAAUGUACGAUGUGUGCCUCACAAA